AUGAUGAUCGGAUUUGCAGCCCUGAGUCAGCAUGUUUUGCAUCGAGUAGACGGAGAGACUGUGUCAAGUCCUAUGACAGCUUACAGCACCAUACAGUUUGUCGUACAAAAACAUCACUUUGUAAGGGGAAAAAUUAAGAUUCGAUGCACAGCCAGCAUAUACUCCAUAUACUUGCAAAGUUUAGAAAAGAGUGCCGAAGAGGAGAGGAUACGAACCACUCCGAUCAGCCUCCCAGAAGUUCACGAAGCAGUAGUGUACUCCAUACAUCGCUUGCCAGAAACGAGUAAGUCUUAA